CAGCUACUUCAACUCGCGAGUGGAGAAGGUUGGAUUUGGAGCAAGACUGCGAGCGGUUCCUAGUCAGCAUUUGCGGACCGUUAGCCGCCAACUCUGCCCCAGGUGGCUUUCAUCACCGAUUUGCUCCAGGAGCAGAUCACUCUGCAGUUCAAGAGCUUUUUCUUGCAACGGGAGUUCAUAGCGGAGGUUGGCAACAACCGCAGGAGCGUCGAGCAGAUGUAGUUGCAAUGCUCGACAGUCACUACAAGUCCAUUCAGAUGGCAACUGGACGCACCAACAUCAUGGUACCAUCUGCCAAGGAUCAAUCCCACAAGAUGGCAGCAAGUGCAAGUGCGGGGGGCUGCUUCGACUUUGCCCCAAGUCAAAAGUGCCCUGCUCCUGCUCUUCAUCCAUCUGUCCCCACUCCCGCGCCUAAAAAGGACGCCAAAGGCCGAACCAGGAUUCUUCCUCCUGAGCCUUGGUCGAGUGACUGAUGAGUGGACAGUCCUGUGUAUUUGUACCGUGCUUCGUCCCCUGUAUUUGUACCGUGCUUCGUCGGCUAGCACGACUCGCAAAGACUGUGUCGUCCCAAGCAAUGGUGUGCGCCUUGUCUCACAGGUGCAGCACGAGUUCAGACAACUGGGAAAGCAGCUCCAGUUGCGCGUAGAGCGUAAGGAUCUGCUGAUUCCUCUUGCUCGAGCCAUCCAGCAGAGCGAUGGCCACAAUGAGGAAGAUGG